AUGGUAUGCGCCUCUGUACCCUUGAAUCGCAAGCGUCCAAAGAUACUGACUAUUGCAAAGGGCUGUGGCUUGUCUCGCGAAUCCCGGGCUUCGGCCACGGAAAACCAGGAGGGCGCUGCUCGUCACGCGAACUUGGAUCCCUCGUCUACAACUGCUCGCACUGCACCUUCACGAACGAGUUCCGGAAACACGCCUACCGAACUACUCGAUCGACCUAACCAACCCUUGCGCGCCGCACCUACUGUCAAGAACUCGCCUCCUCAACUCGCACUGACGCCAUGGACACCAUCAGAACUCGCAAGACAGCGUGAAGCCUUCUUCGAGACCAGAGUUAGCGGACGACCCGAGAUGUGGGCUGCGAUGAAGCAGGUGUCGGAACUUCUUCGAUCGGGCGAUCUGAGUGCGGCGCAAACCAUCCUCGAUGCCAGUGGUGCUACCUGCCCGACUGGCAAGUUCUGUGUGGAAAGAAGAAGAGGCGGACAGAAGAAGGGAGGAGUCUACGACGACAAAGGCUUACUAUAUGAGAUCCCUGGUUGGGUAGUCUCUGACCCUGAGGACCUCGUCGCAGAGCCCUCGAUUGAAGGCAAGAAUAUCAACGAAGAGUCGGAAGACGAGAUUGAUGCCGAGAAGGGCGUGGUGUGUGAAGAGAAGAUGGGCGAACUGAUCUCAGUCAGAGCACGACUCAGCGAUCGUGGUACCGAUGUGGUUGUCGAGAUGGGCACGAACCAGAAGGUGUCUGUGUUGAUCAAGAAGGUGCAAGAGAAGGCUGGUGUUGAGCAANAGAUCAAGCUGGCAUACAUGGGCAAGAUUCUCGAGGAGCACAAGGCUUUGGGCCAGACGAGCUGGAAGGAGGGACACAUUCUCAAUGCCCUGGUGUUUGGUUGA